GCGGCGGCCGCGGCGGCAGCGCGGAGCUCGUGUAGCCCCAGCGGCAGCAGCAUGGCGGCCGUGGAGAGCCGGGUGUGCGAGACGGCGGGCUGCAGUAGCGAGGCCAAGCUGCAGUGCCCCACCUGCAUCAAGCUGGGCAUCCAGGGCUCCUACUUCUGCUCUCAGGAGUGUUUUAAGGGAAGCUGGGCCACUCACAAGUUACUACACAAGAAAGCAAAAGAUGAAAAAGCGAAACAUGAAGUUUCUUCUUGGACUGUGGAAGGAGAUAUUAACACAGAUCCAUGGGCAGGUUAUCGAUAUACUGGUAAACUUAGACCACAUUAUCCACUGAUGCCAACAAGACCUGUGCCAAGUUAUAUUCAAAGACCUGAUUAUGCUGAUCAUCCUUUAGGAAUGUCUGAAUCUGAACAGGCUCUCAAAGGUACUUCUCAAAUAAAAAUACUUUCCUCUGAAGAUUUAGAAGGCAUGCGGUUAGUGUGUAGGCUUGCAAGGGAAGUGUUGGAUGUUGCCGCAAUGAUGGUUAAACCAGGUGUAACUACUGAAGAAAUAGACCAUGCUGUCCAUUUAGCAUGCAUAGCAAGAAAUUGCUAUCCAUCUCCACUGAAUUAUUAUAAUUUUCCCAAGUCAUGUUGUACUUCAGUGAAUGAAGUGAUCUGCCAUGGAAUUCCAGACAGGAGACCCUUGCAAGAUGGUGAUAUUGUUAAUGUGGAUAUCACUAUCUAUCGAAAUGGUUAUCAUGGGGACCUGAAUGAGACAUUUUUUGUUGGAGAAGUGGAUGAAAGUGCAAGAAAGCUGGUCCAGACAACUUAUGAGUGUCUCAUGCAAGCAAUUGAUGCAGUGAAACCUGGAGUUCGGUACAGAGAGCUGGGAAACAUCAUUCAGAAGCAUGCCCAAGCAAAUGGUUUUUCAGUUGUUCGAAGCUACUGUGGACAUGGAAUCCAUAAGCUUUUCCAUACAGCCCCCAAUGUACCACAUUAUGCCAAAAAUAAAGCAGUUGGAGUGAUGAAGCCUGGUCAUGUAUUUACAAUUGAGCCCAUGAUCUGUGAAGGUGGAUGGCAAGAUGAAACCUGGCCAGAUGGCUGGACAGCAGUGACAAGAGACGGAAAACGAUCUGCUCAGUUUGAGCACACUUUGCUGGUCACGGACACUGGCUGUGAAAUCCUAACCCGGCCACUAGAUGGUGUGCGUCCUCACUUCAUGUCCCAGUUUUAAGUUCUGAAAUGACAUCUCUGAAUAAUACCUUUUGCCUGUACUAUGCAUUUUAUUGAGAGUACAGAAUAGAGGAGGGUAGUUUAUCAUUGUUUUGUUUUCAUUGUCUGUAGCUAAGAGAGGAAUACAACAUUGGGUGUGUGUACCUUCCAAGAACUUGUUGUGGGUCUGAAAAAGCAGUGAAGAAUAAAAAAAUUUUUUUUUCUCUA